UAGAGGGCGGGAUUUAGGGCGGGGUCUGAUCUGUUUCCGGAAUUAAUCGUACACGUGCAAGGGAAAUCUGGCUCCGUUCACUGUGCGCACUGCUCUUAAAUCCGCCACAAUUCUUACCUCUGAUCAAUCGCUGGAUUUGCAACGGCCGUUCUGUGUGGGGAAGAACUCUUUUCCUCCUUCUGAAUCCGAGCCUGUGUUUUUAAUUUCUAUAACGGUUGACUGGUUUGUUACCUUGGGUGACCAUGGAAGAAACGGAACCCGCACUGGUCCCUGUCCAAGGAGGUGAAAAGCGCGUCUGUCCCGAGGAGGAGAAGGGGGAGGCUGUGCCUUCGAAGAAACCCAGGGUUAAUGAUAAUAAUGGAGGCAAAUCCAAACAUCCAGUCAAAGAUGAUGAGGAUGAGGAGGAGGAAAUGCCCAAAGAUGAGGAGGAGGAGGAGGAUGGAGAGACCUUUGCGGACAUGAUGAAACAUGGGCUGACAGAGUUGGAUGUUGGAAUUCUCAAGUUCAUCAGCGAGCAUAAGGGAUUCUCUGGUAUUCUGAAGGAGAGAUAUUCGGACUUUGUUGUUCAUGAGAUCAACAGAGAAGGCAAGACUGUGCAGUUGGAUGACCUAUCCAUUCCUCCAGAGGAAGAGGAGGCCCCAGAGCCUGAGCCCGCAGCAGAUGACCUUGACGUCCUGACCGAGGAGCAGAAGAAGGAGCUGGGGGAACUGCAGCUGUUUAAGAACAAGGAGGGCGACGUCUCCAUAGAGGUCGUGGACGACACCAAAGAGAAGCGGACCCAGAUCCACAAGGCCAUCAAGACCCAGUUCCCCGGUCUGGAGACAAAGACUGAGGAGCGGGACACUCACAAGUUCAUCGUGGCCUACCAUGCCGCGGGCAAGAAGGCCCUGGCAGCACCGCGGAAACACUCCUGGCCCAAAAACCGCGGUGCUUUCUGCCACUUCGUGCUCUACAAGGAGAACAAGGAUACUAUGGAUUCCAUCAACGUUCUCUCCAAGUUCCUCAGGCUCAGACCGAAUGUCUUCUCCUACAUGGGAACCAAGGACAAGCGGGCCAUCACCGUACAAGAGAUCGCCGUUCUCAGGAUCACUGCAGAGCGACUGUCUCACCUCAACAAGUGCCUGAAUAACUUCAAGCUGGGGAACUUCUGCUACAAGAACCAUCCCCUGAAGCUCGGGGAGCUCCAGGGCAAUCACUUCACCGUGGUCCUCAGGAACAUCUCAGGAAGCCAAGAGCAGGUGGAGCAGGCCCUGAAAUCCCUGAAGGAGACGGGCUUCAUCAACUACUACGGCAUGCAGCGCUUCGGCACAACCGCAGUGCCCACCUACCAGGUUGGAAAGGCCAUCCUGAGGAAUGACUGGAGCGAGGUGGUUGACCUGAUCCUGAAGCCGAGACCGGGAGCGGAGAAGGGCUAUCUGGUCCGCUGCCGGGAGGAGUGGGCCAAGUCCCAGGACCCGGAGGCCGCCCUGAAGAAGCUGCCGGUCAAGCGCUGCGUGGAGGGCCAGCUCCUGCGGGGCCUCUGCAUGUACGGCAAGAAGAACGUCAUCACCGCCUUCGGACUGAUCCCGCGUAACAACCGCCUGAUGUACAUCCACAGCUACCAAAGCGUGGUGUGGAACACCAUGGUGAGCCGCAGGAUCGAGGCCUUCGGCCUGAAUGCGGUGGAGGGCGACCUGGUGCUGAAAGGAGGCACAGCGCACAUGUUAUCUGCAGAGGAAGCAAAGGGCCUCUCUAUCCAUGAUAUUGUCAUGCCUCUGCCUGGCUAUGACGUCAUCUACCCCUCCCACCAUGUGGGGAAAGGCUACAGGGAGAUGCUGACGGCCGACGGCCUAGACAUCGACACCAUGAGGCACAAGGUGAAGGACUACUCGCUGGCCGGGGCCUACAGACGCGUGGUCAUCCGGCCCAGUGACGUCAGCUGGGAGGUGAUCCAGUACGAUGACCCCAGAGUCUCCCUGGUGCACACGGACGUGGAGAAGCUGGAGGACAAACCGGGCCCAGUGUUCAACACCGAGGGCAAGUACCGAGCCCUGCGCAUGGAGUUCUCCCUCCCCCCCUCCACCUACGCUACCAUGGCGAUCCGGGAGGUGCUCAAGAUGGACACCAGCAUCAAGAACCAGACCCAGCUCAACACCACGUGGUUCAACUGACCUCAGGACGAGAGGAACUGGACCGCUGUUACAAGCUGUCCUGCAUCCGGGCACUGUGGCGACUUACUGACGUGAGUGUGGCGUGUGUGUGUGUGCGUGUGCGUGUGCGUGUGCGUGUGCGUGUGUGUGUGUGUGUGUGUGGGUUCUAGGUGAACUUAAGUCCCCCCUUUUUUAAGUAAUGUUCUGUGAUUCUAUUCAACAAGACGACUAAGCAGCAAUUUAUUCAACUCCUUUUUUUAUUUUUCAUCCGGCAGUUUUAACUCUUUGCUUUCUAAUUGUGUUUUUUAUUUGGGCUACAUGCUCUUAGGCAUUACUUGAUUGACACUUGGUCCUUUUUGAAAAAGUUAAAUUCAUUCAAAUAUAAAUACGUCAUACUGCACCGAAUAUCAUGUGCGCUACUUGUAUAGAAAUCUUUUUAUGAUUGUAAAUUGAUUUGCCUGGAUUGGAGAGUUUAUUAAAUGUUGAAUGAGGUA